AUGCUACUUUUAUAUCCACGGCAGCUGUCUCGAGUUCUUGCUGGAUGUCGUCGCUUCUCAGCGGCCCCAAAUCUGGUUGAAUUAGGUACUCUCAGUAGUCCGAAGGUCGAAGACAGAUACCCAGCGGGACAAGUAUGUUUUCUUUCUUGUUAUUCAUUGAUUUUAGGUAUUUUUACAUCGAGUUUUCGCCUAUCGUGGAGUUGUAGUAUGUUCUUUCGACUGCAAAGUGUAUGGAAAGCAAAAAGCGUGAGUAAUUACCUCUCCUUCUGCAUGUUUAUAUGUUUAGGAACGAGAACACGUCAAAAUUUGAAGUGGUCCCUUAUUACCAAGUGCUUAUUCACAAAGGCGAUUGGGAUCACAUGAGAAUGCCCGUGGAUUUGACAGUCUACCUGUCUGAGAAUGGUGGCCGGGAAGGGAAAAGUAUUGGAAUCAUCAAUGGAAUGGACUGUGUCCCACACAAUGACAUAUUGCCCUUGGAAUACAGAGUCCAAAAGAAUGGUACAGCACCGAUUGAUCAUGAUCUUUUCGACCGGUUGUUCAAAUUCAUGGACCCAAAUCGACCAGGUAAACAUUCUUCGAAUUUCUUUUCCAUGAUUUUAGAACUCGGAUAUGUGAACACGCAUAAUGUCCCGUCCCAACGAUCAUGGAUGGCCCCGCAGGCAACACAUGUGGAAACAACCAAUAAUGUUCGAGUAACAGCCACUACAUUCUACUUAGGACAAAACUCAAUCAACGGCCAAAUCAAACACUGCUGGAGAUAUGUGGUUAGACUUGAGAACUUGGAUGGAAGCGAUCUAAUUCUCAGAGAUCGGCAAAUCAAAGUGUUUUCUCUAAACAAUCUGACUCAAGUGAAUGGUGGUGGAGUUGUUGGAGAGUAUCCUCGAUUAUCCACUGCAGAUCCGGCCUAUCAAUUCAGCAGCACCGUGCAGUUAUUACAAAAGAAAGGCGGGCAUUUAUGGUGAGAAACCAAGUAAAAUUCUAAUAUUUUUUUAUUUCAGGGGAAAGUUCAAACUCGAAAAGGAGGAAGAUGGCACAGUGUUUGAAGUAAACAUGCCGACAUUACUCCUGGAAUCGAAUUCUUCUCAAAAUUCGCAUGGAAAUAACGAAAAUGUAGUUCAAUAG